AUGUCAGAGAAAAGACAUAAAGAAUUUUACGCAUGGCACAAAGAAAAAGUGGAAAGCAAUGCGGUGUUUGAUUUUAAGAAAGAACUCUCUGCCUAUCUUCAUAGCGAUGUUGAAGUCCUCGCUCAGUCCUUGGAAGCAUUUGGAAAAGAAAUGGUUGAACUGACUGGAAUUAAUCCAGUGACUGAAUGCGUUACCAUCGCGAGUACCGCCAACAAAGUGUGGAGAAAGAACUUUCUGAUUCGAGACCUUAUUGCACUUGAACCCAGAAACGGUUGGCGUCAAAACCAGCAGAAUCAAAGUGUGGAGGCCCUGCAAUGGUUGGAGUUUGAAAAUUCCAAGAUUGGAGGUGGAAUUCAGGUAAGAUAUUUAAAUUGCAGUAAAAGUAUGCACUUAAGAAAAUUCAUGGGCAGUGUUUUACCGCAUUUUUCAGUUCGCGAGUUGUUUCAUACUGUGAAAUGGCAAAUGCACACUACAUAUCAAAAAUUACAAGGAAUUGUAUGGGAAAUAUGUGUAAAAAAAAAAAUUUAAAUGUUAAGUUGCAGUGUUUUACUGCAUUUUUUAGUUCGCGAAAUCAAUUGAACUGUGCAUUUGUGUAUGCACGCUGUAAAAAUUAUAAUCUGCGGACCGCGCAGAAAACAAUAACAAAUGUAUAUUUUUCUAUUUUUCAGCAUGUGCGAAACUCACUCGAUGGCGAAGCCCGUGUUUUAACCCCAGCUCAGUCCUACAAUGUGGAUGGUUAUCAUGCAGACAGCAAUACAGUGUACGAGUAUAACGGAUGCAUUUUUCACGGUUGUAAACGAUGUUUCCCCCUCAACCGUCAGAAGAAAAGACACUGCCAUCCAGACCGAACCAUCGAAGAGGUCUACGAAGCCACCUGUCUGAAGACUGCAAUCCUGCGAGACGCUGGCUACACCGUGAUUGAAAAAUGGGGCUGCGAAUUCGCGCAAGAUCAGAAAACCGAUCCAGAGUUGCAGUCCUUUCUAAAAACCUUCGAAAUGGUCCCUCCAUUAGAACCUCGAGACGCGUUCUUUGGUGGCCGAACGGGCGCUACGACCUUGUACGCCAAAGCCGCGGGUGACGAAGAAAUUAGUUAUCAAGAUUUCACCUCACUGUACCCCUGGGUGAAUAAGUAUGGCACUUAUCCAGUACGUUUUCCUGAAAUUAUCCUGAAUCCAGCCAACCAGAACAUCCAUGACUACUUUGGUAUCGCGCAAGUAGAUAUCCUGGCUCCCGAGCGCCUAUUCCAUCCGGUGUUACCUGUCAGAGAAGGAGGAAAGCUAACGUUCCCUCUCUGCAGAACCUGCGUGAAAGAAGAAAUGGCCAAACCACUCCUAGAACGCAGCAAUAUGUGCGGUCACACACGUGAACAGCGAAUCUUACACGGCACCUGGUGUACUCCGGAACUGCAAAAAGCGGUAGAAAAAGGAUACGAAAUCCAGAAAAUCCAUGAAGUCUGGCAUUUUACCCCAGAGAACCGCUGCACCGGACUGUUUGCAGAGUAUGUCAACACCUGGCUCAAACUAAAACAGGAGAGCGCUGGCUGGCCCAGUGAUUGCGUUACUCCGGAGCAGAAAGCAGAGUAUGUCCGAGACUACGAGGAACAUGAGGGGAUUAAACUGGAACAUGUCGCAGAAAAUCCUGGACGGAAAUCUAUUGCCAAAAUGCUUUUGAACAGGUAACUAGUUAUGUUAAAACGUUUUUACGAUGAAACCACGAUGAAACCCCGAUAAAACAAUGAAACCACGAUGAAACGGCGAUUCAUCGUCGACGAAACCACGAUGAAACCACGAUGAAAAAUGUUUUAAAGUUUAAGUUGCACACUUUUUCCACAAUUAAAAUUUUUUUAGUGCAGUAAAAGUCUGCACUUUUUAAAUUUAAAUUGCAGUGUUUUAUUACAUUUUUAAGUUCGCGAAAUGUUUUGUAUCGUGCAUUUACCGAUGCAUAGUACUGAUCAAAAUUUACAAGGAUUUGUAUGAAAAAUGGUUAAAAAAGUCUGCAGUUAAGAAUUUUAAGUUGCAGUGUUUUACUGCAUUUUAAGAAUCGUGAAUUAUUUCCACCUGUGUAACGACAAAUGCAAGCGACAAAUCAAAAGUUAUAAUCUGCGGACCGCACAGAAAACAAUAACAAACUGUUCUUUCUUUUUUCUGUCUUUCAGUUUAUGGGGAAAAUUUGGCGAACGCCAAAACAAGCCCGUGACCCACUGCAUUACACAACCAGCUGACCUCUUCAGAAUCCUGGACGAUUCCUCCUUGUUUAUCUCUGCCAUACGUAUUUGCUCCGAAGACGUGAUGGAGAUCGUGACAACCACCGCGGAAGAGGAAUAUGAACGCAGCUUUAAAACCAACGUGUUCGUGGCGGCGUUCACCACAUCACUAGCCAGAUUGAAACUCUACGAGGCCCUUGAUUUUCUAGGUGACCGAUGUCUGUAUUACGAUACAGACUCGGUCAUUUACAAAACCAAACCGGGCCAGGAGAAACUUCCGCUUGGCAGGUACCUCGGGCAAUUUACAGACGAGCUGGGAGGCGACAGCAUCGUAGAAUUCUGUAGCGGCGGCGCCAAAAAUUAUGGCUACCUAACCAAAAAGGGCAAAGUCGAGUGCAAAGUUCGUGGGUUCACACUCAAUUAUGAAGCACUGCAGACCUUAAACUAUUACACAAUGCGCGACAACAUCCUGAAAGAACUGGACGAACCCCUUCAGCAGCGCAGAGAGAUGGCUAUCACCAUUACUGAUUUCUUUGCACGGGAUCAAACGACCAAGAAAAUUAAACUCACAGAACGAGUGAAAAAGUAUGGACUUGUCUUUGACAAACGUGUCAUUGAUCCUGCCACUCGCGUGUCCACACCAUACGGAUACAAUUGGUUCGGCGGAGACGCAGAACUGUUACUUUCAUUGUAA